CCUGCAAGGGAAAACCCCCAGUUCCCCACGUUUUUCUCCUUUUAAAGGAGAAUCCAUUUUUAAAGGUGGUUCACAACCCUUCCAUAUAUUCUUGCAGCCCACUUUUGGGUCAUGAUCCACAGGUUGAGAAAUGCUGCCCUAUGGGGUCCUUGGUUUUUCCAUUCUUCUUCUUUACCUCCAGUCCCAAAAGGGCUGCCUGGUUUUCUGAAGCACCGGGACAGCUGUCGGGUUUCCGCCCCAAAGUGGCUGUGUUUCUGUGACAGGUGAAAGGAUCUUUCCAUAAACAGCCAAGGCCUGGGAGCCAGUUUGCAGGAGACUUUGCAAUAGGUUGAUAAAAGUUGCUAGCUGCAGCGGGAAACAUUUGUCAACAGAGGCCACAGAGCUCUCAAGCUUGUUUCCUCUUCUAAGGGAGAACAAAGCAGGGGGGCGGAAGAAUGACAAUACCAGUAUACCACUAGGCGAGCAUAUGUGCUGCAUUUUUAACAGCCACCACAGUACCUCCAGUGAAGUGUCAGUCAGAAGUGUGAGGACCUGCGGGCUGUCCCCUUAAAUCUGUAUCAGGAAGUCGGCAGGGAAAGGUUCUCAGGGGGCAGAAGCUCAAUGCCAAAGCAAAGAAAGUCACUUUGGGGUUAAUAAAGUGCUUUCUUUCAUGUUCCCAGUGAGAAGACAGCGACUCAGUGUCACAUGACAAUUGUUGUAUCUUGUCCCACACAAACACUGGCAGGGAGGGUUGCUAGGCUCUGAAUCCCACUUACACAAGCCCGUGGAAAACAAGGAAAUAGGAGCACUUCAGGUUUUGGAUGCCUCCCACCCACACUCCACUCAUCAGUUCCCCUUAGCUCGGAUACCCCCAGCUACCACCCACGGUGCAUACGCUGGCAGCUGCCCUCCUGUGCUGUGUGAGCAACCUCCUUUAUCCAAGGAGGUCAGACCCACUUCUGCAGUGGGGGAGUGUUUCCCUUUGAUAUUCCCUUAUCGCAAAUGGAGAUUCCUUCUUGAACCGAAAGUUUGUCUUGAGGCCUGGCUUUGCUUACAGCAAAGGUCACUGCCCUACUGUAAAGAUGUUACUAGAAGUAGAUGCUACUAGCAGUGUUUUUACUGGCGCAUGUGGCACCUUCCACCGCAACCCACCCCCUCUUAGAGAUGCUUCCAACGGAGGUGGGUAGCAUUUAGCAUCAGGUGUUAGAACUGGUUCAAGUCUCUGAAGUCCUCUGUUGGACCACGGCUUACAUCAUCUCAUUAGACACAGAGGGGACAGGCUCUUUGCUGGUAUAAAACAGGCAUCCUUCUUUUACAGUCCAGCAUGGUGAGCUGAUUCACACAAGCAGAGAGUCCAGCUGACAGGCAUGAUAUUCAGAGGUGUUGAUGGCUGGCAACAACAGGGUCCACAUUUUAGGAGUGUGACUGCCAAAGAAUAUGGCUGCAGACAGCUUAUCAAGCAAAGCCCUGAAGAUCAAGCGCGAGAUGGGCGAGAACACACCCCUGUUGUCGGAUGAGGAGCUGAUGGGGUUGUCAGUGCGGGAGCUGAACCACCACCUACGGGGCCUCUCCAAGGAAGAGGUGGCACGCCUAAAGCAGCGCCGGCGUACGCUGAAGAACCGUGGCUAUGCAGCCAGCUGCCGGGUUAAGCGUGUCUGCCAGAAGGAGGAGCUGCAGAAGCAGAAGAUGGAGCUGGAGUGGGAGGUGGACAAGUUGGCCCGUGAGAAUGCUGCCAUGCGCCUUGAGCUGGACACCCUGCGAGGCAAGUACGAGGCCCUGCAGGGCUUUGCCCGCACCGUUGCUGCUCAUGGCCCAGCUGCCAAGGUGGCCCCUGCGAGCGUCAUCACCAUCGUCAAAUCCAGUACCAACCAGGCCACAUGCUCCUAGUGCCUGCCUGCCCUGCCGUGAAUUGAGUCCUCUCUCCAUGGCUGGGCCCAGCUCUCUACCUAGAAUGGACUGCAGCUGCACUGGCUCCUCCCCCAGCCCCUCCCAGGGCCAGAAUCAACUUGAAGACCCCCAGAACCCUCAGCCCUUACCUCUCCUCUUCCCUGUCCCCUCCUCCACCUGCCUUAGACCAUGUGGUGGCUCAGGCCUGUCCCCCACAGGUGAAUCCUCGAGUUCCCCCUGCACCCCCACCCACCAAAAACCCACACACACUCGUCUUAUGUUCAAAAGUCCCCUCUUUCCUUUCCCUGCCCUUGUCCCUCCUGGCUUUAGAUGUGGGGAAAACCCUCUCACUUCUCUCUGUCAGGGGCACAGCAUCUUUGGAUGCUUGGCACCAAGGCUUGUGUAGGAAGAAAGAGAGGGAGAACUGGGAGCCAUCUUAAUGGCCUAUUCUGCUUAAUAGAGCACGGUGCAGGGAUUGGAAUAUCCGUCCAGAGACUUACCAAGAGCUGCUGUGACCUCCCAGUCUAAUAGUCCACAGCCUUCCCUGCCCUUUCCCGCAUCAACUACAUUUCAGCUCUCCCCAGUGGCCUUGGGCAGCAGUGUAAUGCCCAGGACAGUGCCAGCUGCCAUGAUGCUGAUUGUCACAAUGCAGUCAACCAUCAUUGUGGCUCUGAUUAUUUUUGCACCCCCCUAACAGAGGCAGCACCCAGUCAUCUCCCCCUGACUCCUGUUUAGUUACCCUACUGCUCUCUCCGUGCCUUUCCAGAAAAAGCUUGAAAUACCCUGUACCAAAAGAGGAAAGAACAGAGGCUCCCCCAUGGGGGUAAGCAGAUGUUGCAGGGAGUGGGAAGUAAUCAGAGGAACUAGGCAGUGCGUGGGGGAAAGAGGGUCAUGUUCAAUAGAGAGAGGAAGGUGAAUGUAGGAUGGUGUGUGAAAGGGAGAACAGGUCUCUGUGGCAGCUGUUUUAGAUCGGGUCAGCAUGUGACACCCAACUUCAACAUGUACUAGACACCAUGGGAAUUACCACACUCAAGCCAUUGAUUCAGCUGCAGGGGUGAGUAUAACAUGGGAUGGAGCCAAUGACAUCUCCCUCCAGUGCUAUCACAGUGAAGUUAAAUUUCUAAGAUCUCCUGUCUGGAAGGGAACUACCGGCAGCUUUAGAAUGAGAAAGACCUGGGUAGUGGAAGAGGGCGGGAGGAAGAGAGAAAGGGAAUGUAGAGCAAUAGAAGGAGAACAAAGUAUGCGAGACUGACGGACAGAGGAAGAGUGGCAGGAAUGCAUCUGAAUGAGGGGAAUUGGGGCCAGAGAACGUUUUGGUUGCAUUUUGUGACGACAGAAAUCAAAAGAUGCAAAAAUGUAGAGAGAGGAAUUUGAGGCAAGUGGAAGGUGGGGCGCAGCACACAUGGUACCUUCUGGAAUUCAGGUAGGGAACUAGGGAGACAGACCAAAUUCCAAACUUACCACCGAGAUGUGCCAAUCAGAAGGAAGCUGUUAUCUAUCUGUCAUUUGCCAAGCUAGAUAAAUAAUACAGAAACUGUAACUUCCCAAGCAGGCAGGUGGGUCCCGUAAGCAGUUAAUACAUUGAAAUAUCCUCUUUGAUUCUCUAACUUGAAAGACAGUGUUUCAUUUUGGGGAAAGGGAGGAGAGGGGCAUGUUUUUAUCUCCCUAAACACACACAUCCGUCACCUUUUCCUGGCUGCAGUAUCAUUCCAGGCAUGGCAUAGUGAGUCUCAUUGAAAAAAUAGAAAAAGCACCUGGCUGGAAGUAAACACAGCUGUCGUGGAGAUAAGGCUAUUACUGAUGUUACGUUGCACUUGAAUGUCCCUGUGAAGACUGGCACCACCUUGUUCCAGGCACUGUACAAACCCAUGUUGCGGUGGUUCCUGCCUCAGAGAGCUUGCCAUUUAAACUGGCAGUGGUUGGGAAGGGAAAGGGAAGCAUGGGGAGGUGACAUGACUUGCUCAUGAUCACAAAUCAUGGGAGUGGCAGAGCCAAGAAUAGAAGCCAAGCCUUCUGCCUCCACGCCCAGCACCCUUUUCAUGAGCUAAGGAAAGCACAAAGGCUGAGAGCCCAGCUCAUGGCUUGAGACCAAGGACUAUUUCUUCAGUCAUAGGCAUCUUUUCCAAUCCUUGCCCCUGGUGGCCACUGUCUCAUGGAAGCCACCUGAAGGUGCAAUACUCUUCAGAAAGCUUGGGCAUGGGGGAAGAAGUAUAGGUCCCUCAAUAGGGAAGAUGUGGCAGGGUCAGUGAGGGUAAUGCUAGCCAGUUAUUUUGAGGCACUUGACACAAUAUAUGAUUAUCCCCUUCAUUUCUCAGACCCACUUAAGCACAACCCCUCCCUGGAGCCUGCGUGCCACCCACUGCAGUGCUGCAGCCACCUCCAGAUAGGUAGGUCCAACCUGUGUCCUCCCCUCAACUCACCUAGUAGAAGGUCCCACAUUUGGCAUUUCCCCCUCCCACCUUCUCCUCUCUCCCCUCUCCAAUUCCUCAAUGGUUAAUUUAUUGCACGAACAUAAGUUAUUUUCACAUCCUCUUUGCCAUUCCACCUCUUGGCACAGCCAGGAUGUUGGUACAGAGCCGUACUUUAUAUUUUAUAUAUGCAAAUCACAUUUUAUCGUAUACUUAUAUAGAACAAAAACAAAAAACAUAUUUAUUUUCUGACUUACAGUAAAUGUCCUGUCUGACUCCUCUGUAUUUUGUAGACUUUAUAAAUAAAGUACCUUUUUUUUUUUGGUUUUUGUUUUUCCAUAUGGAGUGCGGGUUUUCAUUAAGCUGUAAAACAGAAAUCUGGCUUCAUCACACAGAAGCCACGUUGCAGGUUCUUGCAGUGUUCUCAUGAUUGUCCUGAUAACCAGCAGUUUUCCAUCCAAACUAGGCUCACUGAAGUCAAGGGCCUCUGUAAGAAUCUCAUUUUUUCAUUAAAAAAAGAAAAGGGGGGUGGGGGGAAGGAAGGGAGGGGAAAAAAGGUUUCCAGCCAUCAUUGUUGGAGAGAAAAAGUUUGCUACAUGAAGUAAGUGCACACUCAAUGUUCAAAUUGGAAGGCAAACAAAGUGAUCCAUUUUUGUAUAAAAAGAAAUAAAUCAAAAAUCAUGAUUUUUCAA